AUGGAGAUGAAUUUUGAAUAUAGCCUCGGAAAAAGGUCGCUGCCUGAGGGUGAUCGUCAGGGCAUAUCUGGAGCCGGCGCUGGAUAUGACAGCAUGCGGGACGUCGGUGGCAGGGUGCUGAGGAGGCGGGCCCCUGUCGUCCAAGAAGCAACAGCCCCCCAACAAAGUGGUAGCCAAACAACAACUAGUGCCACCGCUGCCGAAAGUGCUGCACAGGAAUCUCAGCCAGUGCUCACUCAAGCAGGUCUCCCUAGAAGACGUAUAAAGUGGACGGUGUCCAUGAAUGAGUCAAUCAUGCGAAUCUUCUACAAAGUUACCAACCUAGGUAGAGAAACAAUCGGCUACAGACCACGACUUCAUACCGCUUUCUGUAGUGAAUAUCCGGAGAUCAAAGUAUCUCAGCAGAGAGUGGCAGACCAAUAUCGAGUGAUAAUCAAAAAUAAUCUUAUCCCACAACCACGGCUGAAUGCCAUCAAACAGGAAGUGCAGCUUGAUCUUAUGCAACAAGAAGGGAGUAAUAACGAAAUACGCGAUAAUGGUCAAUCUGAGCAAGAACAGAUAGAAAGUGAACAGCCUGGAGUUGACGACAGUAAUGAUCAAGACACAGAAAUAUUUGGUAUAUUAAUAACUGAAAUGGGUAGAGCAUAUGCCGAAUUUGAUGGAACGAACCCGCUAGAAAGACCACCAUUACCAAAGUUGAAGUCAUCUAGAAAGCUUGCUGUGGUAUUGUGUCAGUUAAAUAAACAGAUCCUGCCAGAGUAUCUAGCACACUCCAACUGUAUAGAACAACUUCACACACUGAUAUACUGUGCAGCUGUUGCAACAGUAAGAACACUUGGUGUCAAAAUGCCAACUCAAAAGAUUACUGAAAAUUCAGUAAAACCAAUAACACCAAAAUGGGAAAAACGUCUGGAAAGAAGAACGGCAGAAAUUCGCAGAGAUAUCGGACGUCUUACCCAAUUCACACGAGGAAUAACAACUCGAAAAGUCCGAAAGCAAGCUAUGGAAAUAAUGCAACGACUCCACCAUCAUUCUCACCAAGACGCAACUAACAUCAACGAGUGGCAAUGCCUUGAUACCUUGAAGCAAAAACUGUCCGUAUAUACUCAGCGAUUGAAAAGGUAUAAAGCGUCCAGUCACAGAAAGCACGACAAUGCGCUCUUUCAACGAUCCGAAAAGGCAUUCUACAGGAAACUGUCAUCCGAACCCCAGGAAAAGAGCAAAACGGUGCCCACAAAGGACCAAGUAGAGGAAUUUUGGGGCAAGCAGUUUGGCUCGACAGCUUAUUACAACAAGUGUGCAGGAUGGAUUACAGAUGAAGAAGCGAAGAGCCAUUAUUGCAAUCCCAUGCAGUAUAGGGCAUAUACCAAACAAGAAAUCGUGGAUAUCGACCAGGUCAUUCCUACCAACAAUUACAAGAGGUUCAUACUUAAGAACUUGCAACAGUCUGAUAAAUGCAGGUACGGCUGUCAGGACUCCGAAACAAUACAGCACGUAACUGGUGGAUGCCAAGCAUUCGCUCCAACGGACUAUAAGGAGCGCCACGACAUAGCUGCCAAAAUCAUUCACCAGGAGUUGGCAUACAAAUUCAAACUGAUCGAAUGCAAGCUACAGUACUACAAAUAUACACCGCAAUGUGUCCUCGAGAACGACAAGUAUAAACUAUACUGGGAUCGCACUGUGCUUACGGACCAAUACAUAAAACAAAACAGACCUGACAUAAUCAUUGUCGACAAGGACGCCCAGAAAGUAACACUGAUUGAUGUGGCCAUACCUAAUAGUAACAAUUUAACAUACAAACAUAAUGAGAAAGUUGCAAAAUACAGGGAGCUAGAAUUUCAAAUUAAACGCCAGUGGAAAAUGAAGUACGUGGAAACAAUACCAAUAAUAAUGUCAUCUACAGGGGUGAUACCAAGAAGGCUGCUAGAAAACAUCAAAGCGCUGGAACUGAGUGAAAACAUUUACAAAAUCAUACAGAAAGGAGUUUUGCUGGCAACUGCCCGCAUAGUAAGAAAAUUUAUGGGAAAUGCAAGUACCUAG